AGGCGGCGCUGUGGGCGCGCCGGGCGGCCCCACCGAGCCGCCAUAGCCUCCCGCCUACCCCGAUUUAACGUCUCCGCUGCCGGCUCCGCGUCGCCGCCAUGGCAGACGUGGAAGACGGCGAAGAACCCUGCGCCCUGUCCUCUCACUCCGGGAGCGCAGGCUCCAAGUCAGGAGGCGACAAAAUGUUCUCUCUCAAGAAGUGGAACGCGGUAGCCAUGUGGAGCUGGGACGUGGAGUGCGAUACGUGCGCCAUCUGCAGGGUCCAGGUGAUGGAUGCCUGUCUUAGAUGUCAAGCUGAAAACAAACAAGAGGAUUGUGUUGUGGUCUGGGGAGAAUGUAAUCAUUCCUUCCACAACUGCUGCAUGUCCCUGUGGGUGAAACAGAACAAUCGCUGUCCUCUCUGCCAGCAGGACUGGGUGGUCCAAAGAAUCGGCAAAUGAGAGUGGAGUCUUUCUCAGUGCAUUUGUUCGGAGCCCUGGAGGAUCUUGUUAUCAAGUGCCCUACAAAGGCCGGAACACUCCAGGGAACUAAUUCUUCAAGGAGGAGGGGAUGGCUCUAUCGUCCUUUGGUACUCAGCAAAGGCAUGAGUUAGCAUUUUGUUAGUUUUAUUUUCAGAAAUUCUCUGCAGUUAAGAAGAUAAUUUAUUAAAGAUGGUCUUUCCUACCUCUGUGGUAUGUAUCACACACACUGCUUAGAAGUGCUUUAAAGGAGGAGAGAGCUACAUAUUGAAUGACUUUAUAAUUUACUUAUUGGUGUCCAAGAGGUUGUGAAAGCAGUUCCAUUCAGAAAAGAACAUGUUGCAUGUUUAUAGUUGAUCAGUUAACAAAAAGAUAAUGUUACAGAAAUAAAGUGCAGUUUAAAACCCCCAACUCUUAUUCUUCAUUUGUUCCUAAUAUUUAUUUUUGGCUGGGAGGGGAUGAUUCAUUAAAUCUUUGUAUGAUAUAAUGAAAAUUGUAAGUGUGGACCAGUGAACAGGGUAAAUAAAACUUAUCCUUCAGACAUAUGGAAUUCGAUGGUCUUUUAGGCUAUUAUUCCCUAUCUUUGGCUCAUCAAGAAAACCUAAAUCUCCAUUCACCUCACUGUCCAAGCAUUGAAUGGUAAAGAACAGAAGUAUUUGUUAUGGUCAGAUUAUGUUGUAAUUUAACUGUUUUAGGUGGAAUGUUAAUGAAGGGAAAAGGUUUACCACUAUAGCAUUGGGUCAAAAAGUUUAUUUUAUUACACAGUGUUUUAAUAAAUGGUUUAUUCUGUUUACCUCA